CGAUGAUACAGAAUCGGAAAAGACAUCAAGGGAAGAAAAUAUAAACAAAAUUUAUUAUUAGAGCGCUCGUUCGGGCCGGGUCGCAUGGCCGUGAUUUGUCCGAUGGCUGUGAUAUACAGAAAUACUCGCGCAAUAAACGAACAGCCAACGCGACGUACAAAGGCCUGGCGCGACAUCAGACAUUCAAACGAACUCUGCAAGUCGGUUACCACGAGCGGCACCGUACGUGUGUCAUCUCCUGACAAGGCGGCGUCAACGAGCCGUCCACGCUCCUGAAUUUCCUUACUCGCCUAAAGCAUAGGGAAUGGCUACUACUUCCCGAAGUAGAAAAAAGCAAGACGAUGAAAAGAAAAAGAAGAAGCAGUCGCCCGUGGACGACAGGCCCGUCGUGCCCGCGCCCAGCGAUGCUAUGCUCAAAAAUCUACGGACAGCAUUCGGUCUCCUGGACCGGGACAGCGACGGUCACGUGACUCCCGCUGAAUUGCAGUUUAUGCUGCGAAACCUUGGCAUCGAGGUCAGCGACGAACUUAUAGGGGAACUUAUUAAGGACGCGAGUAAAACUGGAAAUGGCCUAAUAGAUGAGAAUGAUUUCAUGCAAUGGGUGACGAAAAUACAGGCGUUACAAGGGCUGGAUGUCACCACGAGUGGUGGUGAUUCAGAAGAAGAAAUAACGAGAGAUUUGCUGGCAGCAUUUAAGGUGUUCGACCGCGACGACAACGGGUACAUAACACGCGACGAGCUGCGGACGGCGCUGGAGAUGAUCGGCGAGCCCGUCACCGACGCGCAGCUCAACCAGGUGCUCGCGCUCGGAGACAUCGACCAUGACGGAAGGAUUGAUUAUGAAGAGUUCGUGAAGAUGCUAUUGUAACCUGUACCUCUAUGAUUAAGAAAGACCUCACUAGAUGUAAUAAUAGUGUAUUGGAUAUAUUUGUGUAAUGACUAACCCCAGCAGAAAGAGAAACGUAGUGUAGAACUGCGUAUUUUAAGGCAAUCUUUGGACCAUAUUUUUGAUAAGUGUUUGUGCUAGGAAUAUUAAUAAAAAUGUUCUAGAAUCUAGACGUUAAGACGACAGUCGCGUCUUCCAUAUUUUAUUGAAAACAAAUUGUAACGCUUCCGGUUUUAUAAAUUUACUUGUGAUUGAUACAAUCGAAGCUUGAACGUCCUAAUCUCGUGAUAAAUUUUAAGUAUGGUUAAAGACUGUCUUAUCUACUGUUACGCAGGUGAUAUAAGCUAGGAAAAGCAUGUAAAUGAAAAAACUCUGGUACUAGAGUAAAAACUAAGUCGUUUUUUAAUAAUAUUUAUUUGAAUUGUAGAUAAAUGUAGGUUAUAGCUAAACCUUUUUUAGGCUCGAAAUUUUCCUUAACGGUGUCCUUCUUUAGACGAGAGAUAGAUGUUCUGAUGUUAAAAAAGACAUCUAAUAAACCAGGUUAAAAUUAAAGGUAAAUUUAGAACCUAAAAAUGUAUACAGUAAGGUUAUAGUCUAUAGACUAGGCAUAUCAGAAAAAAAAAUGUAAAUCCAAAAAAUAACCUACGCUAUAUAAAAUUACUUAACAAUUGCGCUAUUUAUUUUUCAUUCGUGCGUCGAUGUAUAAAUGUAAACAAUGUAUCUUUAUUAAGAGAUUUUCAAUCACGUAAGUGCGGCUUAUUGGAUUUAUUUAUGUUAUACGAUCGAUAUAAAGACAAUUAAGUUACUAUCAAAGUUAUCUGUGUAUCGAUGAUACUCUUAACAUAAAUGAUAAGAGCUAGCGCGCAAGAGCAACUUUUGUCUUCGUAAUUAUUUUGUCUCCCAUCAAUUCUAUGGGCUAGUAAGAAAGUGCGCGCACGUAGCGACGCAACUCCCCAUAGAGUUGAUGGGAGAGACAAAAUAGUUGCGGAGACAAAAGUUGCUCUUGCGCGCUAGCUCUAAGUCUAUAUGUUUACCGUAAAUGUCACGGGUAUGAAAAUACACCAAAAUUUUAUUAGUAUAUACUUAUGCGAUUAUUUACAUCAUAUUGUAAUUUUAUGGUUGUGAGCCUUUUUAAACCUAAAUUUGUAAAUAAUUAUCAUGUUAAUUUACAUAUUUAUUGAUAGGUGGAUGCCUGCAUACAUAUACUAUAUACCUAGCUAAGUAAUAUGAAGUUUUUAUAACAAUUUAGCUCAUUGAUUUGUUACUAUUUAUGUGAGUUUUUAUUUAUUUAUUGAAUUAACAAACAAUACAUAUUUUACUUGAUGUGAAGAAUAAAUGCGGGUGGUAAAUGAUUAUGUACCUAUACCUUUUCAUAACUCAAAAUAUCUAGGCUAUAAAUUUUAUAUAAUUUGCAAUAGCCGUUUAUAACCUGAUGCCUUUGAAAGGUAUAUUGUGAUGUAAAUUAUAUGCUAUAAAUAAAUGUAAUGUUGUUA